UAGUGCCAGAAGUCCGUAUCUAAUCUCAACAUAAUCGCGAGCCCAGCGAUCCGGAAUCUUACCCACAAUUUCUCGAUCAAAGCUCACGUUUCAUUUUCUGAUAAAGUUGUUUACUUUCCCCUGGUGAUUCUCUUUCUCCUAUAAAGCAGGACACUUUUUUUUUUUUGCUAUUGAAACCCAAACCCUACUUUGCAAAGCGCCAUCGGAAGAGUCGGUUCCGUCUCAUUCCUCUGAAUCCCAAACCUUUAAAGAGGGAGGAGAGGAGAAGUUUCUCUUGGGAUUUCGCCGAUCAUGGAUUCCGAUGAUGGCAUGCUCGAUGCCCACGAUUUGGAAUCGGGAGAGGAUGAUUUCUACAGCGGCGGCACCGAUGAUUACAACGAUAGUGAUGCUGAUGAGCCCGAUUACGGGUUCGUUGAGGAAGACGUGGACGACUCCGCGAUGGUCGCAUCGCAUCGCUCUCAGAUAAAUUAUGUUGUUCUCAAGGAAGAAGAUAUCCGCAGGCAUCAGCAGGAUGAUAUUGGACGAGUCGCCAUGGUCCUCUCCAUAAGCGAGGUCGAAGCGAGCAUUUUGCUUCUUCACUAUCACUGGAGUGUUAGCAAAGUUCAUGAUGAAUGGUUUGCGGAUGAGGAGAGAGUUCGGAGAACUGUUGGCAUAUUGGAGGGACCUGUUAUUCCAACACCUGAUGGCCGAGAACUUACAUGUGGAAUAUGCUUUGAAUCUUUUCGUCCUGAAGAAAUUGUAUCAGUUGCUUGUGGUCAUCCUUUCUGCCCUACAUGCUGGACUGGUUAUAUCAGCACAACCAUCAAUGAUGGCCCAGGAUGCUUGAUGCUAAAAUGUCCCGACCCGUCUUGUCCUGCUGCCGUUGGUCAAGAUAUGUUUGAGAAAUUGGCUUCUAAGGAAGACAAGGAGAAGUAUUAUAGAUAUUUUCUUAGGUCUUAUAUUGAAGACAACAGAAAGAUGAAGUGGUGUCCUGCCCCAGGAUGUGAGCAUGCGAUUGAUUUUGCUGCCGGGACUGGCAGUUAUGAUGUUUCCUGCUUGUGUUCGCAUAGCUUUUGCUGGAAUUGCACGGAAGAGGCUCACCGUCCUGUGGACUGUGACACAGUUGCACAAUGGAUACUUAAGAACAGCGCUGAAUCUGAAAACAUGAAUUGGAUACUUGCCAAUUCAAAGCCCUGUCCGAAGUGUAAGCGGCCAAUUGAAAAGAAUCAUGGCUGCAUGCACAUGACAUGCACACCACCUUGUAAAUAUGAGUUUUGUUGGCUUUGCCUUAAUGCAUGGACAGAUCACGGGGAAAGAACUGGUGGUUUUUAUGCUUGCAACCGGUAUGAGGCGGCUAAGCAAGAAGGACUGUAUGAUGAGGCUGAAAAGAGGCGAGAGAUGGCAAAAAAUUCGCUAGAGAGAUACACUCAUUACUAUGAACGCUGGGCAAGCAAUCAAACGUCGAGGCAAAAAGCUAUGGUGGAUCUGCAGAUAAUGCGAUCGGAAAAGCUUGAGAAGCUUAGUGACAUACACCGCACACCAGAAUCUCAGCUCAAGUUCAUCACAGAUGCGUUGCUUCAGAUCAUUGAGUGCAGACGGGUUCUGAAAUGGACAUAUGCGUAUGGGUACUAUCUACCGGAUCAUGAUAAGCGACAAUUUUUUGAGUAUUUGCAAGGGGAGGCUGAGUCAGGUUUGGAGAGGCUCCACAAAUGCGUAGAGAAGGAACUGUCCGUGUUUGAAAUUGCUGAAGGCCCUUCAGAUGACUUCAAUCAUUUCCGGACAAAACUAACUGGUUUGACCAGUCAUUUGUGUCUAAACAGCAUAACAAAAACCUACUUUGAAAAUCUGGUGAAAGCUCUGGAGAAUGGUCUUGCUGAUGUGGAUUCUCAAGCGGCUAGCAGCAAAUCAACUAACUCUAAACCCAGCAAGUCAAAAGGCGGUGGUGGUAAAGGUAAAGGAAGCUCCAAAAAUGGCGGGUCCAGCUCUUAGUUUUAUAAAGCGCGACCUCAGGCGAUCUCAGGCCAAGGGAAGAAUCUCCUGAACCUGUCAAGCGCGCGACUUUAUGCGCUUUACGUGGUGCGUCAGGCGGUCGAGGCUGUCGGCUUUUGGGUUCAGGCGUGAAUUCUCCGCCGGCUCGGUUGUUAAGGUUUCAGAUUAUGUAAGUCGAGAGAUUGCCUAUACGAAGAAAGGAAGACAUGUUUUGGGCUCAACUUUGUUUAUUGCUCUAUUUAACCAAAGCAUUUAGACGCAAUAUAUUGGAUGGAUAUGUUCAUAUCAUCAAACCGAAAUCGAACCAAACCAAUCAAACCCAAAUAGAUCAAUAUUGUUGGAUUUCUGUUCUGAUAUAAA